CUAAAAGAAUAGAUCGAAAUCUCCACGAUGCGCAUCUUCUCUGAUAAACAACCUCAGAGUAUCAGGCUAAGUCCUCCUGCUACUUGAGAAUCUCAAAAAUUACUAUGCUGAUCACGAGACCCCUUCCCGAUGACGCCGAAGUCCGGGGGGGCUGGGCGUCUUCCAAGAAAAAUCGCCGUUGAGCCUCUCUUGAGAUACCUCCCUCUCUAACAUAAAGAAUGGAAACACGAUUUCUGGUCCGCGCAUCUCAGCGCUUAAGAGUUCAUUCUCGCGUCCAUCACCUCCGGCGCCAACAACAUCUCUCGAAUAAUUCCAGACCCUCGACUGAACAAGCCAAUCCCAUAGGGGAGUACUAUGCCUCGAUCCUCGAAGCCUCGACCCAAAAACCAGAAAGCAAGCCGCCCACCACCGCCUCCUCUGCCGCCAAUGAACCGGGCAUAUCUACCUCGUCAGAUAGCGAAUCCACAGAAGAUUCCGGGCCUUCAAUCCUGUUCUCCUCGCGGCUCUCCUCGCCACUGGAACGGCGAAGUGAGAUCCAGCGCAAGAGCACCUUAGUCGCAGGCGUUUGGGUGCCUCCCCGCCCUGAUGAACCAGAUAACUGCUGCAUGAGCGGGUGCGUAAAUUGCGUGUGGGAUCGGUACCGCGACGAGUUAGAAGAAUGGGUUGCGAAGAAGAAAGAAGCCGAUUAUGCAUUGAAGAAACAGAAACUACGUGAAGAUUCGGGGAAGCCAGGGCGAGAGGUUCCUAGGAUGGCUGAUAGGGCUGGUACUCCUGGCAGGAUGAGUGAAGCGGAGACGAACGCCGCGCUAGUUAUGGACGACGAUGGGGGUGGGAGCGAGGGACUUUGGGGUACUGGACUAGACACGGACUUGACCAGCGACGACCUAUUUCAGAAUAUCCCGGUGGGCAUCAGAGAGUUUAUGAAACAGGAGAAGAGGCUGAAGGAGAAGCAUGCUAGAGAACGUGCUAGUGGUGGAUAGGAUAGAUGAUAUACGAUAUAGACAAGUGAUAGAAUGUGACAUGAGGAAAAUGUACUUCAGGGCUGCAUACAGUUGGCUAUUCUUGCUGGAUGAUGCGUAUUAUUCCCAUCCAAACUUCCAAAGCCAUUCACCUAGCCCACAAGAGGUCAUGGAUGUUGUUACACGUUCUCCCCGGU